CAAUUAUGUUGUCACAUUCCUAAACACCAAAAUGGAAGCACCACCGGAGCACCAUGACCAAGGGCCGGAGUCAUCAAUCUGCCCCACUCCCUCCGACAAUUUCGCCUACGUCCCCAUCCGGUUCCCCGCCGUGAACCUCCCUCCCUCCCCCACAAACACCAGAGAGACCAUCAUGCGCACCCCCGUCCCCCGCGCCGACAAGGUGGACCCCCUCACUCUCCCCCACCAAUUCACCGCCCCUUCUAAGCGAAUCCGCUCCCCCGACGACCUCGCCACCUUCCACUCCUCCCCCUCCUUCCGCAACUUCCUCGGCUUCCUCGUCUCCCUCUCUGAAUCCACCAAAUCGCGCAAGCUCUCCGAUCCCUGCCACGUCUCCCCCGUCCUCGAAACCCUAGCCUCGAUUCUCCAGAAACUAACUGACUUCGUCCACGAAAUCCCUCCGGCGCCGCAGACCGCGCGAUACGGCAACGUCUCGUAUCGCCUGUGGCACGAGCGGAUGAGCGGCGAGGCAGAGGCCUUUAUGCUCAUGUUUCUGCCUCCUCAACUUCGCGAAGCUGCUACGGAAAUUGUGCCGUAUUUUACCGAUGGAUUUGGCAAUGCUUCACGAAUUGAUUAUGGAACUGGCCAUGAGACAAAUUUUGCAGCAUGGUUGUAUUGCUUAGCAAAACUAGGUGUUGUGAGGGAAGAGGAUUAUCAGGCCUUGGUGUCAAGAGUGUUCUUCAAAUACGUGGAGUUAAUGAGAAAAUUACAAAUCACGUAUAGCUUAGAGCCGGCGGGAUCUCAUGGUGUGUGGGGACUUGAUGAUUACCAUUUCUUGCCAUACAUAUUUGGGUCAUCACAGCUGAUAGAUCACAAGCAUAUGAAGCCAAAGUCCAUUCACAAUGAUGAUAUAUUAGAGAAUUUCUGUAACGAGUACUUGUAUCUCUCCUGUGUUGUUUUUGUGAAGAAGGUGAAGAAGGGUAUGUUUGCUGAACAUUCACCUAUGUUGGAUGACAUUAGUGGUGUUCCUAAUUGGAAGAAGGUCAACAGUGGGCUGCUAAAGAUGUAUAAAGUAGAAGUUAUGGAGAAGGUUCCUAUUAUGCAACAUUUUCUCUUUGGCUCAAUAAUCAAAUGGGUGAAUAGUUUAUUCCUAUAUACAACCUCAUUCCAGAUGUGCAGCCCACUUGCUUCUCAAGGCAUAAGGAUUUGCGCCUGGACUCCUUUGUGCCCCGGGCUCACGUAUCACACUACGUUUAUUAUUCAUUUCAUUACCAGCCAAGCAAGUGGCAAUGUCUAUACAGCCUUGAUGGGAGUGAAUUUAUGGUUAGUUUCGGGAAUAUUAGCUUUAGAGUGGUUGAGAACUUGAGGAUUAAGAACAAGGGGAGAUUUAUCUUGUGUUGGUCCAUGUGUAUCUAGAGUCAAGUUGUGUAAUUGGAAAUUCAUGCCUGUUUCUGUAACAGUGACUCUAUUAUUUUGUGCAUCUGUAAAGUAUUCGGCGAUAUAAAAUAGAUCCUCUAUUACGUUCUCUUGUUGGAACCAUUCAGCCGGGGUUUUAUUAUAUCUGUCCUUAACAAUUGGUUUAGCUGCAAGCCAAAAGAGGUUACUGUACAUUUUAUGGCGGAUGAAAAAUGAGAUUGUUCAAGUGUAAGGAAUGAACAUAAUAUUAAUGGUGACAUUCUGCAUGGGGGAAAGGAAUUUUUUCCUGUGAUCUGAAAGGAAAAUGUAAUUGCUGAAUGCGUAUUUGUGCUGCGUGGUUUUCUCGUCUUUGAACCACAAUCAUAUGAAUAUUCCGCCAAAGGAAAAUUUAUCCCUGCAAAUCAUACAAUUCCACCAUCUAUAAUUUGCAUAUCUAUGAACAGUACUAAUUCCCAUUGGUAUGUUUUCUUAUAGUAUUUAAAGUUCUUGUGCACAUUUCGUUAUUUUCAUAUAAAUAUCCUGCUUAUCUGAUCUUAAUUAGCUGAAGACAACAUUUGACUCGAUGGCAUUUUCAUUAUUCAAACAAUUAGCAUUGUUGCUUCA